UGUCCCACGCAAGCUUCACCACCACAACUCAGACCUCAAUUCUUAGCCGCCAUUGUCUCUUCUUCCUCCUUCUCCAUUUCCUUUCCCUCUUUCUCAGCCUUUUUCGAUUACCCAUUUCGAGAUUUUGAUCUCAUGGCCCUCGCUCCCUCUAAAGUUUCUCCCUUUUCCGGGUUAUCCCUCACAGAAGCUGUUGGGGGAACCGUGAAAAACCCAACUUCUUCUGUUUCUUUGGGUUUUCUGAAUAAGAAAGUGAAAAGCAGAAACCUUGGGGUUUCUGCCUCAACUGCGCCUCUCACUGGGGUGAUCUUUGAACCCUUUGAGGAGGUUAAGAAGGAAGAGCUUGCUGUUCCCACUGCUCCACAGGUUUCGUUGGCUCGUCAGUAUUAUGCUGAUGAGUGCGAAUCUGCAAUUAACGAGCAGAUAAAUGUGGAAUACAAUGCUUCCUAUGUGUACCACUCCUUGUUUGCAUACUUUGACAGGGACAACGUAGCUCUGAAGGGAUUUGCCAAGUUCUUCAAGGAAUCUAGUGAAGAAGAAAGAGAGCAUGCUGAAAAGCUUAUGAAAUACCAGAACACUCGUGGUGGAAGAGUUGUUCUUCACCCCAUCAAGAAUGUACCUUCAGAAUUUGAGCAUGUGGAAAAGGGAGAUGCAUUAUAUGCAAUGGAAUUAGCUUUGUCUUUGGAGAAGUUGGUGAAUGAGAAACUUCGGAGUGUGCACAGUGUGGCAGGGAGCAACAAUGACCCUCAAUUGGCAGACUUCAUUGAAAGCGAGUUUUUGUCUGAACAGGUUGAAUCAAUUAAGAAGAUAUCAGAGUAUGUGGCUCAACUGAGAAGGGUUGGAAAGGGUCACGGUGUGUGGCACUUUGAUCAAAGUCUGCUUCAUGCUUGAACUUGAAUAGUUUUUAUUAGUCUUUGUUUACAUUUGCUCUUCCAUUACAUUCCGGGCUGUUUUCUAAUUUAGAAGUAGUAGUUAAAAGUUUUUCCUUUGUACUGAGGUGUAAGAACUUGUAGUUUGUGGUAGCAAGUAUCAUAUGUAAAAGACUGCAGACAUAUUAUGCAAUAACAUUUGAUAUCUGCUUUUCAA